AUGUCAUUCGGUCAUCAAGACAACCCGCCCAACCCCUUCAGUGGCGAGGACGUCCAGCAACACGGUUUCAACGGCAAACAUCGAGAUUGGUCAAUCAAUCAGUAUGGGAGACCAGAUGAAAAGAAACCUGGCAACGCGAAGGACCUGGAGUUGCAAUCUUGCGAACGCAAAAAGUCUGCGGGCAACGAUCAAGACAGCCAAUCCCAGCAUCGCAACGACCAGAACAAGACUGCCAAAACUACCAAAUGCAACUGUCGUCAUCAACAAGCUGCCACAGAGCCUUCUCGCCGAAAAGAGAAAAUGGAAUCGCAGAAGACUGAGGACGAGAGUGAAGAUGACCCAGUCGGCACAGAGGGCCUUUCUAUUCGACUAGGGCUUUGCUGUAUGUUCUUUGAGCUUGAUCAUUCUUGA